UGCGGUCAGACGUUUAGCCGAUCGCAUAAUCUAAAAUCCCAUUCAGCCACUCAUUCUCUCGUGAGACCAUACAAGUGUCAUACCUGUGGGCGGGAGUUUCGACGCUUGCAUGAUUUGAAACGUCAUCAGAAAUUACACACAGGCGAGCGGCCGUAUGUAUGUCCAACAUGCGAUCGAUCAUUUUCGCGUUUGGAUGCCUUGAAUCGACAU